UCGCAGUGCAAACUAAAAUCUCCAUUCCGGCUCCUGCUUCUCUCUCCUCUUCUACUUUUUUUCUCUCCCCUUUCUCUUCUCUAUUGAUUCCGCUAUUUUCUUCCAAUUUCAUGGCCGUGAUCGGUUUCAAGGAAGGAGCGUGCAAUCCGAGAUGAAAACCCUAGUAUUUUCAGUUUAUUAUAUGCUUUUAAUCCUUACUUAGCUUCUGCUGCCACUGAAGAUGAGAGUAGCUUCCAAACCCUAAUAUACGGUGGGUUAUACUUCUUUUCGUUUGGGAUCGAGACUUGGGGCUUUCCAUUCAGCUCGAAGGAGAAGAACGAUUGAUAGUUCCAGAUCUUGUUUAAUUUCUCUGGAGGUGAUUUCUUGCUUGGUGCUUAUGUAUCGAGGUGAUUUUUGGUUUCAGAAAUUCGGAGGUGCUGCGGCGGUUUGCUUCGCCGUGUGGUGGGAGUGGUUUGGAUAUAUGUGGUGAGAUAUUGAAGACAAAGUAAUGUAUAAGUUCUCUGUGAAGGAGUUCUUGUGGGUGGUCCAGUGGAACGCCUACUUCAUCAGUGGUGUUUUUGAAUCUGGUUGAUGGGAGGGACACACCAAAAGGUGAGCCCAUUGGAUGCGGUGGGAAGGAAGAGGGAAGCAGAGCUUAAUGAUGAUGGCCGGAAUGAACUAAAGGAAGUAAGAGAUGGGAUAGCUGGAGAUGUUCAGGGGCUGUCUGAUGAAGAUGAGUCUAGGAUCAAUGAUGGUGCCCUGGAUUUAAAUGAAACUCAUAUACUUGAAGCAGCAGCAGUAUCUCAUAUUCCUGUGCUGGAGAAGCUGAAACACCAGUCAUCGGCUCCAAUUGUUCGAUGGGAGAGGUUUCUUCCUUUGAGAACUCUCAAGGUCUUGCUGGUGGAGAAUGAUGAUUCUACACGCCAAGUGGUAAGGGCUUUGCUCCGGAACUGUUGCUAUGAAGUUACUGCUGUUGAAAAUGGUUUAGAAGCUUGGCGAGUUUUACAAGAUCUAACGAAUCACAUUGAUCUAGUUUUGACGGAGGUGGUUAUGCCUGGUGGGUCUGGAAUUGGUCUUUUAUACAAAAUCAUGAGCCAUAAAACUUGCAAGACUAUUCCUGUAAUUAUGAUGUCAUCCAAUGAUUCCAUGGGUGUAGUAUUUAAAUGCUUGUCAAAAGGUGCUGUUGAUUUUUUGGUCAAACCUAUUCGCAAGAACGAGCUUAAGAACCUGUGGCAGCAUGUAUGGAGAAGAUGCCACAGUUCUAGCGGAAGCGGAAGCGGAAGCGAAAGCGGCAUACAAGGGCAAAAAUUUACAAUGUCAAAGAGCGAAGAUGAUUCUGAUAACAAUACUGGUAGUAAUGAUGAUGAGGACGAUGCUAGCAUCGGGUUGAGUGUGAGGGACGGGAGUGAUAAUGGAAGUGGCACUCAGAGCUCCUGUACAAAACGUGCUUUUGAAGCUAGUAACCCACAACAAAUGUCUCCAUCCGGACAAACUGCUGGUCCACAUUAUAGUACUUGCGCACAGGUUAUUCAUACCAGACCCGAGGCAUUCUGCAGCAAGAAGGAACCAAUGAUUGCUGGCAUGGACUGGAAAGAACAGAAGACAAUUACUGCAGAUGAUUUCAUGGGCGCAGAUCCUAAGAAUGAAUCUAACCAAACUGAUAUAGUCUCCACGAAACUAACUGGUCCGAGCACGGAGAAAUCGCUUGAGAUUCUGCCAAACAAUAUUGAUGUAGUUCGCCAUACAAAUUACAGCGCGGUCAAUGAACCAUGUGCUCGAGCUCCAGAUCGACUCGAUAGCAGUUCCAUAAACACAAACCAACAAUUGGUUUUCGGUCCCGCCGACACCUCCAAAAAUUUCCUAAAAAUCUCAGAUAUCAAAGAUAAUGGAUCAAUAGAGCUGCCAUCUCUCGAACCAAGUCUUAAGAAACUCAGAUCAAAGAGUAUUCCCUUAAAUGACGAAAGAAAUGUUUUGAAGCACUCAAACCUUUCAGCAUUCUCAAGGUAUCCUGCUUCAGCAGCCUCGGUUCAAGCCCCUACAAUCUAUGGAGGAAACUCUGUACUUGAUAACAGCUCCGAAGCAACUCCCCAAAAUCAGGGAUCUAAUGGUAGCAGCACUAACAACAACGAUAACGGUUCAACUAACAUAAAUGUAGUUUCGAAACCUGCAAUAUUCGCAUCCGCAUUAUCAUCAGCCUUUCAUCGAGUUGAGGCUCAAAGUUCGACUGUUCAACCCAACAUGACGGAAAUGAUUGGACAAUCAAGGGGAACACAAAAACAAGUGCAGGUCCAGCACCAUCAUCAUCAUUAUCAUCACUACCACCACCACGUCCACGCUCUGCCACCCCAACCAGAUCCGGACGGCUUCUCUGUCGAAAACCUGAAAGAGAACGUUGCUUAUUGUAACUCGUCGAAUGUAUUUACGACACCAGCUGAAAUGAAUGCGGCUGACUAUAGUUUAAAUGACAGUAAUUCGAGGAGUAAUCAUGGGAGCGACGGGCAGAAUGGUUGUAGCACGGCCAUAAAUACCGUAGGAGGGAAUGUGGAGAAUGUUGCCGUAGCUGCAGCCGAGAAGAAUGGAGUUGGAGGCGGGAAUGGGAGUGGGAAUGGAGCGUAUCAAAAUCGUUUUACACAGAGAGAGGCUGCCUUAAACAAAUUCAGGCAGAAGAGAAAAGAAAGAAACUUCGGCAAAAAGGUGCGCUAUCAGAGCCGGAAGAGAUUGGCGGAGCAGCGGCCGCGUGUUCGCGGCCAAUUCGUCCGCCGGAUUAUCCGCAACGACGACCACGAAGAAGACUGCUCGCACCUAAUGCUGGAUUGAUCACCUGCUGUAUAUAAGAGCCAUUUCAAAGUCUGAAACCUUGGAGAUGGAGAUGGAGCUUGUUAUCAACAAUAUUAGCCAGGUUCAUUGAAACCCCCAUUUUUUUUUCCAUUAUUAGUGCCUUCUAAAUCUUAAUUUCUGUUCUUCAAGACCUCUUAAUUGUCUCCUGGAGUAACCAGGAUAUGUUCUUAUGAUACUUCUGCUUCCAGUGUGGUUUGUGUACUGAUUAAUCAACUCCUAGGCUCCAUUAAGGUAAAUACUGAAUCCCCUUGUUUGUCUCUCCAUUUACAUAAAUACCACUCAAUUCCUAUUUAUUUACGUAUCUGUCAUCUAAUGUUUGAUAUUUACAUUUAUAACAGCUCGGUGUUAUAAAACCUAUUGCAUAGAAAGAUGCAUUUGACUUUAUAAGUUAAUAGAAGUGGUGUCUUUGUGGUGA